AUGUCAGACGUCGAGAGCAGCGCAGCAGCCCGCAAGCGCCUCAGAUCAGAUUCUCCCGCUGGCCCAUUAAAUGGGGACGCCGAGGACGAGGAUGAUAUUGGACCUUCCAUGCCUGCUCCGGGCGCGGAUGAUUCGGACGACGAAAUAGGGCCUAUGCCUACUGCUGCAGGAGACGAUGUAGUGGUCUCCAAUGGGCGGAGAAAGAAGCGGGCAGUAUUACCGCAUGAGAAGCUGUUCCUCGACCAUCUCCCGGAUCAGGACCGAUACUACAAGUCGUUCAUGCACAGGGACACAGUCAACUUUGUGACUAUGACCAAGCCUGGAUUCGUAUUGACGACUUCGGUAGACGGGCACUUGAAGUUAUGGAAGAAGCAGGAGAGUGGGAUAGAGUUCGUCAAGCACUACAGAACGUCCUUGAAGGCUAUCGUCGCGGUGGCAGCUAGCGAAGAGGGGACACUAUUCGCGACGUGUAGUGAAGGCGGAGAAGGGAGGGUGUUCGACGUGGUCAAUUUCGAUAUGAUCAACAUCUUCAAGUUCCCAUUCAUACCGAAAGCGUGUUGCUGGGUACAUCAACCAGGAGCGGGGCAGACACUAUUGGCGGUCUCGGAGAUGGGGUCGCCCAUGAUCCGGAUAUAUGAUGGCCGCGGGGAUGGGAAGCCUUUGUUUGAGCUGGGAAAGAUACAUCGUGCGCCCGUACAUACCAUUGCGUAUACGUCGAAGUACGACUGCGUGGUCUCGGCAGACGAGGAUGGGUUUGUCGAGUACUGGCAGCCUAGCGAACCGUUUGGUCUGCCUAGUGUCGCCGGGAUGUGGCAGUACAAGUCCUCUACCGACUUGUUCCAGUUCAAAAAGACCAAAACCAUCCCCACUUCCUUCUCCUUCUCCCCCUCCCAAACGCACUUUGCGACCCUCGCCCUCCCUUCCCGCGCCGUCCACAUCUUCAACUUCCUCACCGGCAAGCUGACUCGUACAUACGAUGAAAGCCUGCAAGCUGCAUCCGAGAUGCAACAGGCGGGGACGGCGGUGUAUAAGCUGGACGAUAUGGACUUUGGGCGGCGGCUGGCGCAGGAGCGGGAGUUAGAUCGGGAUGAGGCGGGGCCGGGCGGGGUGUUGAGGACGGCAAGUGCUGUUUGGGAUGAGAGUGGGAAUUUCUUGAUGUACCCUACGAUGCUGGGAAUUAAGGUGGUAAACACAGUGACGAAUAAGGUGUCGAGGGUGGUUGGAAAGGAUGAGUCGCUCAGGUUCUUGAAUCUGGCGGUAUAUCAGGGGGCGCCGGCAAAGAAGGGUGUAACGACGCUGGCUAUGGCAGCGUCCGCGAACCCACUCCUUGAGGAUAAGGCGACACGAGAUCCCCAUCUCUUCGCAACCGCCUAUAACAAAUCUCGUUUCUACCUCUUUGCGCAGGGCGAACCCGACCAAAAGAGCGGAGAUCGCGAUGUCUUCAAUGAACGGCCGACGAGGGAGGAGCAGAGCACAGCUGUUCAGCCAGUCGAGAAGGCUCGAGCGUCUGCCACUACGGCUGUCAUACAUACGACGAAGGGAGACAUAUUCGUCAAGCUCUUCCCAGACAUUGCGCCGAAGACUGUCGAGAACUUUGUCACGCACAUCAAAAACGGGUAUUACAACGGUAUCAUCUUCCACCGGAUCAUCAAGAAAUUCACUGGAGACCCGCUCGGCGACGGAACAGGCGGAGAAUCCAUCUGGGGCGGAACCUUCGAAGACGAGUUCUCCUCCAAGGUCAACUUUGGCCAGCCGUACAUGCUCGCCAUGGCCAAUGCUGGGAAAGCGACAAACGGCUCGCAGUUCUUCAUAACCACUGUCCCCUGUGACUGGCUCAACAACAAGCACACAAUCUUUGGCAAAGUCACUGGCGGGAUGGAAAUUGUCAAAUCGAUAGAAGCGGUCGGGACCGACAAGAAUGAUCAGCCUUAUGAUCCGAUCUCGAUGCAGAGUCUGGAGUAUAGUUAG